AUGUUUAAAUCACUGCCAGUAAAAUUCAACAAGGUAAGGCCUAGAGAAGGGAGUGAUGAGAAUGAAGAAGGUCCUCAUCCAAGCUAUCAAUCCAAGUCAUCCACAAGGCAGGGGGAAAACAAAAAUGAAAAGAAAUCUCUCAAAACCAAGAUGUCUCCAGUCACAGUUGAAGAGUCACACACCAAAAUAAAAGAUAAAAUCUCUGAGCUAAAUUCCCUCGGAGAUCUGACCACAAACCCUGACCCUCAAACCCCAGCAGAACCAACAGAAGUAAUGCCAGAACAAAAGGAAAUGAGGACUGGGAAAGAAGGCACAGUCAGUCCAAAAAGCAAGCCACUUGGAGCUCCUGUUAUAAAUGAGUAUGCUGAUGCUCAGCUACGUGACCUGGUGAGAAGGAUGCGUCAAAGAACAGCCCUCUACAAGAGAAAGUUGGUAGAGAGAGAUAUAUCCUCACCAGAAGCCAGCCCCCAAACUGCAAAUCCCACAGCUGUAUCAUCAACACAAGCAAGAAAUGCUAAGCCAAAAGAAGAACACUACUAUGGCAUGUUGUGUUGCAAAAUCCAGCAAGUGCCUCUGACAGAUUACCUAAAGCGAAUUAGACUUCCAAGAAGCAUAGAUUCACACACAGAUCAACUCUAUCUCCUAUGGCUCUUGCUUGUCGCCAUUGCCUUUAAUUGGAACUGCUGGCUCAUACCACUGCGCCUAGUCUUUCCAUAUCAAACUCCAGACAACACAUGCUACUGGCUUAUUACAGACAUCAUAGGUGAUAUCAUCUACCUUUGUGAUAUGCUGUUAAUCCAGCCCAGACUCCAGUUUAUAAGAGGAGGAGACAUAAUAGUGGAUUCAAAUGAGCUAAAAAGACACUACAGGAGUUCUACAAAAUUUCAGUUGGAUCUUGCAUCAGUAAUACCAUUGGAUGUUUUCUAUCUCUUCUUUGGUUUUAAUCCAAUAUUUAGAACAAAUAGGAUAUUAAAGUAUGCCUCAUUUUUUGAGUUUAAUCAUCAUCUAGAGUCUAUAUUGGACAAGGCAUAUAUCUACAGAGUCUUUCGAACAACUGGAUACUUGCUGUUUACCCUGCACAUUAAUGCUUGUAUUUAUUACUGGGCUUCAAACUAUGAAGGAAUUGGCACUACUAAGUGGGUGUAUAAUGGUGAAGGAAACAAGUAUCUGAGAUGCUAUUAUUGGGCAGUUCGAACUUUGAUUACUAUUGGAGGCCUUCCAGAACCGCAGACUUCAUUUGAAAUUGUUUUUCAACUCUUGAAUUUUUUUUCUGGAGUUUUUGUGUUUUCCAGCUUAAUUGGUCAGAUGCGAGAUGUAAUUGGGGCGGCUACAGCCAAUCAGAACAGCUUCCGCAUCAGCAUGGAUCAUGCCAUUGCCUACAUGAAUACUUACUCAAUUCCUAAAAGUGUGCAGAGUCGGGUUCGGACUUGGUAUGAAUACACGUGGGACUCUAAAAGAAUGCUAGAUGAGUCCGCUCUGCUUGAGAACCUGCCAAGGACAAUGCAGUUAGCCCUGGCUGUUGAUGUGAACUUCAGUACCAUCAGCAAAGUCGACUUGUUCAAGGGAUGUGAAACACAAAUGAUUUAUGACAUGUUGCUAAGAUUGAAAUCCACUGUCUAUUUACCUGGUGACUUCAUCUGCAAAAAGGGAGAAAUUGGCAAAGAAAUGUAUAUCAUCAAGGAAGGAGAAGUGCAAGUUCUCGGAGGCUCUGAUGGUGCUCAAGUUCUGGUUACUCUGAAAGCUGGGGCAGUGUUUGGAGAAAUCAGCCUUCUAGCAGCCAGUGGAGGAAACCGCCGAACAGCUGACGUAGUAGCCCAUGGGUUUGCCAAUCUUCUAACUCUAGACAAAAAGACUCUCCAAGAAAUCCUAAUACACUAUCCAGAUUCUGAAAAGCUCCUCAUGAAGAAAGCCAGGGUGCUGCUAAAGCAAAAAGCUAAGGCCACAGAGGCAACACCUCCAAGAAAAGGACUUGCCUUUCUCUUCCCAUCAAAACAAGAAACACCCAAAAUGUUGAAAGCUCUUCUGGGAAGUACAGGAACAGCAGGUCUUGGAAAGCUGCUCAAAUUGAAGAGAGAAUACACAGCUCAGAAAAAAAGUGAAAAUUCUGAAGUAGGAGAGGGUAAAGGAAAAGAAAAUGAAGACAAAGGAAGAGAACCAGCAGAGAAACCACUGGACAGACCCAAAUGUAGAGCAAGUUCUAUUACAGCACAGGAAAAGCCCCAGUCUAUUAGAAGGGCAGCUUUAUCCAGAGGAACUGUCUGUCAAUCACUCAUCAUCAGCAUGGCUCCUUCUGCUGAGGCUGGAGAAGAAGUUCUGACGAUUGAAGUCAAAGCAAAGGCUAAGCAAUAA